GGAUUUUUAAAGUUUAUCAUGUUAUCUUCAAAACGUAUCCUGCCAAGUGCCGCAACUUAGACUUACUUCAAAUACAGAGAAAUGCUGACUUUUGCAGGCAAAAUGGUUUCAAUGGAGACAGCCUUCAGUAACCAACUACUAAUAAACCGAGUUCAUAGUUUCAUCUGUAUAAAUGAAUCAAGACAGCAUACUCUUGCACCAUUUGUUCAAGCAUGUUCUCUUGGGGUAACUGAGAAUUUGAAUUCUUCAUUAAAUUCCAAACUGCCCAAAAUGGCGAGCCCGCGAAACAAUGAAGUACAGAUUUUUGCAACAAGGAAGAGGAGAAUGGCAUAUUCACGAACUGAAACUUAUGUGCUGCUUGAGCCUGGCCAAGAUGAGAAGUUUGUAUCAGAAGAUGAGUUGAAAGCGAAAUUGAAAGAUUUGUUAGAAAACUGGCCAGGAAAGGCCUUGCCGCGUGACCUUGCAAGAUUUCCAACUAUUGAUGAGGCUGUUUCUUUCCUAGUAAGUUCUGUCUGUGAACUUGAACUCGAUGGAGAUAUUGGUUCAAUCCAAUGGUAUGAAGUUCGAUUAGAGUAACGAAAUCAUACAAAAA